GAUCCGAUUUCCAUUCCACCUUGUAACCAGCCCUCUAUCAUGUGGGACACCUGGUUCACCCAAAUAUUGGCUACUGAAAGGUUCACAUCUCAAAAUCAUUGCAGUAACGUCACCAGCAGCCACACUCUGGUUCUUUCAGCGAUGACAGCUGCUGCAUUAUAUCUCACCCUCAAAUCUAAAUAUGACGAAGAGAUACACAUGAAAGGUGAAAUGUUCCUCAAAACCUACAGAACGUUGAAAUCAACAAGAUGCACAUUCUCUGAAGUUAAAAAGAUAACAAGACGGUUCAAUAACAUAGUCGGCCAAGGUGGAUUUGGAUGUGUAUACAAAGCUGAGCUAUCCAAUGGAGAGCCUGUGGCAGUCAAAAUGUUGGAGAACUCAACGGGACAAGAAGAAUUUCAGUAAAGUUGCAACUAUUGGGAAAAUUCAUCAUGCGAAUUUAUGCCUAAUGCAUCACUAGAGAAAUACAUAUUCUCAGAAGAAUCUGGCACUAGUGGCCGAGAACAUUUCUAAUAAGAUGCUAACAGGAAUUGCCAAAGGAAUCAAGUACCUGCACCAAGGUUGUAAUCAGCGCAUUCUCCAUUUCAACACCAAGCCUGCGUACAUUUUACUAGACUACAAUUUUAAGCCAAAGAUUUCAUAUAUAUUUGGACUUGCGCAGCUGUGUACAAGGGAUCAAAGCAUUGUUACGCUGACUGUAACAAGAGGCACAAUGGGCUACAUUGCACUGGAAUUAUUAGUGGAAGGAGCUAGAAUGAGCAUGUACCCAAAGACCAAGAAUCAAAACAAUAUUUACAUUCUCAGGUGGGUAUAUGAGAAAAUAGUCACCGGGCAAGAAUUGGAACUGACCAGGGAAACGGCACAAAGGGAGAAAAAUAUAGUGAGAAAGAUAGGUAUUGUAACACUCUGGUGCAUUCAUUGGAACCCAGCGAAUCGCCCGUCUAUGACAAAAGAGCGUUGUUGGGGCGAAGGCGAAGACGUCACCUUUCGUUCGAGGCCUUCGCCGUACUCGCUGCACCAACGGUGACAAAACAACGGGCAGACUUACCCUUCGUCUCAUACGCCGCCGGACGAAGACCCGCGACGAGGUCGUAUCAUCCUGCGACCUCGUCCAGAGUGGAGGCCCGCGUGUGAUCCGGCCCAUUGUAACAGGCCCUGCGUGGCCGUUGCGCGUUACGAGCCUAAUUUGUAAAGGUCUCCCUGUAAUUACGGUCUGUAACCCCGCUUUAUGAGAAUAUUCCGGGGAUAACCUAGGUGUCUGAGGGCACAUGCGUCCUUAACACGGGACGCUGGGCACCCGGAUACCUAUAAAUACCCCCGCACAGUGCCCUUGAGAGGCUAGAUUAACAGAGCUAUUGCCGUCUCGUGCGAAAACCCCGUUUACGUCACCUCACACCCCCGUUGGAUCACCCUGCACCAGAGAGCAAGUUCCAACAUUUGGCGCCCAUCGGUCGUGC